AUGUCAAAAACAACCCAUACCAAGAAAGAAACCAGAGUGGACGAUGACGGCGCUGUCCACACAGUUACCACUACCACCGUUACUUAUUCUGGUUCUCAUUCGAAAGGCUUUAAUUCAAAUAUAAACGAUUUCUUGGCCGAUAGUAAUUUUGACUUUAACAAUGAGGGUUUUGGCAAGGAUUUCUUUUCAAAAAUUAAGCGUGUAUCUUAUGAGAAACCACAUGAACAACCAGCACACUUACCAGAAGAGUAUACGCUUUACAAAAAACCAACACAAGAGGUUCAAUAUCUCAAGUCUGAUUGUAGCGGACAUAAAAGAGCACUUUUGAUUGGAAUAAAUUACAUUGGUACUAAAUUCAAAUUGGAAGGUUGUAUCAAUGAUGUCAAGAAUAUCAAAGAAUUCUUGAUAAACCAUUUUAAGUUUAAAGAGUCGGAAAUUGUAGUUUUAACUGAUGAACAACAUGAUCAGUCAAGAAUUCCAACAAGGGAAAAUAUCCUUAAAGAGAUGAAGGCUCUUGUUGCUAAUGCUCAACCACACGAUUCUGGUCAUGGUGGUCAACAAAUAGACACAGAUGGAGACGAAGAAGAUGGUUACGAUGAAACAAUCAUGCCACUCGACUUUCAAACACGCGGUCAAAUUAUUGAUGAUGAAAUGCAUCAUAUACUAGUGGAUGGCCUCCCAGCCGGGUGUAGAUUAACGGUGGUAUUUGAUUCAUGCCAUUCUGGCACAGUACUUGAUUUGCCGUACGUGUACUCAACUCACGGCAAAGUAAAAAAACCGCAUAUAAUUCAACAUGCAAUCAAUGCUGGUAUUAAGUAUAUACAAGGUGACAGAGAAGAUGCUAAAACUGUUACAGCGCAAGCACUUUCGGAGCAAAAAAUUCGCAGGAAGAAUCUAGAAACUAAAUCAAGUCCUGCAGAUGUUAUUAUGUUCAGUGGAUGUAAAGAUGAACAAACAUCCGCAGACGCUUCUGGAAGCGGUCCCGCCACUGGUGCUAUGUCACAUGCUUUAAUUACUACGUUGAGACAAGAUAGUCAUCAAACAUAUCACUCAUUACUGAAUAAUAUAAGAGAUAUUCUUCGCGAUAAAUAUUCUCAGAAACCACAAUUAAGCGCGUGA